AUGAUUGUGGACUUCAGGAAGAGCACUGUCCCCCCGCCCCCACCCUCCGUGAUGGACUCCCCCAUCACCUCUGUGGAGUCCUUCCGUUUCCUGGGCACCACCAUCACCCAGGACCUCAAGUGGGAGCCGACCAUCAGCUCCCUCAUCAAGAAGGCCCAGCAGAGGAUGUACUUCCUGCGGCAGCUCAGGAAAGCCAAGCUGCAGUUCUACACGGCCAUCAUCGAGUCCAUCCUCCCCUCCUCCAUCACCUCCUCCAUCACCUCCUCCAUCACCUCCUCCAUCACCGUGUGGUUCGCUGGAGCCACAGUCAGGGACAAACAGAGACUACAGUGCAUUGUGCGCUCUGCAGAGGAAGUCAUCGGCCGCAGCCUUCCAUCGCUGCAGGACCUGUACGUCGCCCGAGCUCGAGGCCGGGCUGGUCGUAUCACAGCCGACCCCUGUCACCCUGCACAUGGACUAUUCCAAUCACUCCCCUCAGGCAGGAGACAGCGGUCCAUCAGGACUAGAACCUCCCGCCACAAGAACAGUUUCUUCCCCUCUGCUGUUGGACUCUUGAACACUUCUUAA